GCGCUGAUUGGCUGUACGUCACGUGACCUUACAGCUGAUUUCGUUGGAUGGAGUGUUUUGUUCAUCAUUUCUUGUAGCCAUUUCUGUGUUAGCAUCGCCGUCCAGUCGCACAUCCAUCAUCCUCUAUCAUGGCCCAGGCAGCUCAGGCGGCUCAGGUGAACGCUUUCGACCCGAACAGCUCGCAGAUUCAGGUGGAACACGACCGGAAGCGGCGGCAGUUUGUCAUCAGGCUGAACGGAUCUCACGAUCGAGCCGUUCUUCUGUACGAAUAUGUCGGGAAGAAGACGGUGGACCUUCAGCACACCGAGGUUCCAGAUGCUUACAGAGGGAGAGGGAUAGCCAAGCACCUGGCCAAGGCAGCCAUGGAUUUCGUGGUGGAAGAGGACCUGAAGGCCCAUUUGACCUGCUGGUACAUCCAGAAAUACGUCAAAGAGAAUCCUCAGCCUCAGUACUUUGAACAUAUUUAUCAAUGACCCGAUGCUGCUCUGACAGGAGCGGGAGAAAGAGACUCCUGGAGGAUUCACACUGUGCUGCAGCAUGCUUUGGAGUUACAGGACCGAUACACAAACAGGACCUUCCAGGCAUCGUUAAAAAGGACUUUGAGCUACUCCAGAGACACAGAGAAGACGUCUGUGAGCUGAGCAUUCGGUCCACGCUUGACUUUUGUCCAGAACCAGAACUAAGAAGCGGACCAGCCGGCCACAAAUUCUGAUAAUUAUGAGCAGUUAAAGUAACCAAAGCUGUUCCGUCAGACCGAAACCCUCCGAAGGGUUAGGAAUGAUAGAGACCAGCUGGGGGUCAAAUAUUGGGAUGCAAAUUCUCUGUCCUCCAUUCAUUUGUUCAUUGGUCGUGAGCAAGUGAUGGGCGCCGGCGGUGUCUAAAUAGAGGCAAUGAUGCCUUCACUGACCAACUGUGAUGACUUUUGUGCUUCCUCUUUCUUUAUAUUCUUCUUUAUUUUUGGGCUACCCUGUUAGUAAAGUUUGGUUUCUUUGGGCUAAAAUGCUAGUGUAGUAGAUUACAAAUGCUAAAGUUAUCUUUAACAUCAGAAGAGAAGGGGUGUGACGAUACCUGGCGACGCAAAUUAAAGAAAAAGAUAUCAUUUGGAUUUUGAAAACAUUUCUUUUCUCAAACUCUGGAGAUCCUCUCACAUUCUGCCCGGUAACAGACUUUCACGAUCUAUAAUUUGUGUCUCGAAUUGAUCCGGAAACGGUGCAGGGAUUUGUAAACCAAAGAACAAACACCGAGUAAUAAUGAUCUCGCCUGUGUGUUAAAGGUUACAUUCAAGGUCAAAGGUUACAUUAACAUGUCAUGUGUGAUAAAUUGGGUCUGAAGUUUGUCACUGUGUGGUUAAAAAAAAGAAAAAACCUCAGUGGGGAUAUUGAUGAAUAUUUCUGCUCCAACCAGCGUUUCAUAAAACAGCACUGUUACAUUCUGCCUCCCUUUAGUCAUUCAGGAAAUGAUGUGUCAAGGUCUUUACUCAUUAACCCUUCCCCUUAUGUCAGCUGAUAAAGGUCAUCAGAGAGGACAGCUCGUCGUGGCACUCUCUCUCUUUCACCUCUUCAUGAGUUGUCUUUUUGUUGUUGCUGUUGACAAUCUAAAGUGUUGAAGAGAAGAAUCCCUCAGGUUACUUCACACUGUCAGGAUGAAGAUGAGCGUGUUGUCUGCUUCGAUCGCCCAGAGGUUACUGCAGGAAAUGACUCUCUCUCUCUCUCUUAGGUGAUGCACCUACUCCUCUUGUUCUCAUGUUUGUAUCCGUGUGUUUGCUUGAAAGGAAAUCCUGAGCUGCAUGGCUCGACCAGAUGAGUAAAAAUGAACCGAUAUUCAUUUGUUUUGUGCUUUACACUUUUGUUUUUUUUCUUCUUGUUAUCUAUAAAUAAAGAAAUCGAAAUUUCA